UCUACCUGCGCCGCUGAACACAUCACAUCUCAAUAGCAAGCAAAGAUGGCCGCGUUUUAAGUUGAUUUGUAGUUCCCAGACGAGACGUUUGCUUACAAGCACAAUUACACCGGACUGAAUCUCCGCCAGCAUCCGGGCACCUAUAUAACUUCAAAGGGACUCCAAAGCAAUGCAUUCCACCGACAGCGCCAAGUGCAAGGGCAGCAAGUCCUUGGCAAUCUGUUGCCUGCUUCUCCACCUCCUACUCUUUAUCCGACCAGCAGUUUCGCAGACUCAAAGUUCGCCGCGUUAUCUGCAGAAUGCAGACAACAACAGUAAUAACAACGAACGCCUGCACCAGAUUCUCAAGGGAUCCGGGGCAGGAUCGGGUGCCACGCAGCUUAACUGGCCUCAGCCGCCUAAGCAAAAUAAUCACGACAUCAAGACUGAGCUGGCCAAGCUGAACAGCACUUACGUCUACCAGAACGCCUGGCCCGCAAACAAUGUGAAACUGGGUGCAGUGACAGCCGUAAGUUUUGACCUGGCCGGCAACGUGGUCAUCUUCCAUCGCGUGGACCGCGUUUGGGGACAGAACACUUUCGACAACAUGAACCAGUUCCAGGAGAAGUACCGCGGACCCAUAAGAGAGAGCACCGUCCUCGCACUUGAGCCCGCAACAGGCAAAGUGCAAUAUGACUGGGGCAAGAACUUUUUUUAUAUGCCACAUGGCCUAACCGUGGACCCCGAAGACAACGUUUGGCUAACAGACGUUGCCAUGCACCAGGUUUUCAAGUUCCCGCCCCGUGGAGGCGAUGGAAAACCUGUGCUGACUCUGGGCGAUGCCUUCCAGCCCGGCUCCGGACGAAAAUUCUGCAAGCCCACCUCGGUGGCGGUUUUGAAUAACGGCGACUUCUUCGUGGCGGAUGGAUACUGCAAUGCCCGCAUCCUUAAGUACUCACGAGAAGGCGAACUCAUCCUCUCCUGGGGACGGAACAGCUUUUCUGGCGUAUCCUACGACGUGGCGCCUAAGAACUUCUUCGCGAUUCCCCACGCUCUGACUCUUGUCCCGGAGUUGCAGCUUCUUUGCGCAGCUGAUAGGGAGAAUGGGCGUGUACAGUGCUUCUCCUGGAACAAUGGCACCUUUCACUCGCAGUACCACAACCAGCUGAUAGGGGACCGCCUCUUUAGUAUGGCUUACACCCCGGCAGCGGGUGGGCAGCUGGUCAUUGUGAACGGACCAGCCGCCGAGUUAGGCAUUCAUCCUGAGCACUAUAACGAGGUGCACGGCUUCGUGCUAAGUAUGCGCAGCAAGCAACUGGUGUCCAAGUUCGGUCCCAAUAACCUGGAGUUCCAAAACCCGCACGACGUGGCCGUUACAGCCGACGGCAAUGAGAUCUACGUGGCCGAGCUGAAUCCUAUGCGCAUCCACAAGUUCGUGCACCGAUCGCUCGCCAAACCAAUGUCCUUGUCGGCCACCAAGGACUCUAGCAACAGCGCUAUUAACCGAGCUGUGGUAAUGGACCAGGCUACUCCAGAGGCUGUGCACCACCCCAGUGGCAAAGCCAUUCUAGUGGCUUCGCUUAUGCUCAUUUUUGCCGGCUCUACCUUUGCCUUGGCUUUGAUCUUCGCGCGGCGAAGGAAACGAGGUAACCAAGCGAACAGCUCAACUACGUCCAGCGACCUGGUGUACCGAAAGCUGACUGCUUCCAACCAGAGUUGCCUCCCCUUCGGCGCUCGCAGUCGUCGUCACGCGUGGGAAAAAAGCGAUGGCUUCAAGCUGGGCGGACUUCUCGAUCGGGAUCGCAACGGAUUCGAAAAGCUGGACCAGCAGGCCAGCGACGAAGAGCAGGAGACGAAGACACUGGCGAGUGCCCAGUAUGCCUAGGCGAAGGACCAAGACUUACGCAGCUAGCAAAGCAUUCCUAGUUCUAACUACCUGUACCUCAUUGAAAUACCGACCUAGUUUUACUUGAGCUUUAUGUGUGUGUGUACUUUAGGUGACUUUAUUUACCUUCCUUGGGGUGCAUAUCGCAGAGAAUUCCGAUUGGGGAGCAUUUACUUUACUUAUUUAAGGUUGAAAGCCAUUUGUAAAACCUAUUUUAUACAUGUCAUUUAUGG